AUGGUUUAGCAAGUUAUUACGUUUUUUGAACAGGUUUAAAAUUAUCCUCACAACAGGAAGGUUUUCUUUUUCCAAAAAAAAAGUCAAGAUUUUUCUAAAGUGAAAUUUAAUUAUCCAUUAUUUAUAUAUCUUAAAAAGAGUUAUUUCUUUCAAAGGGAUUUCUUGGUUCUUAUAUAUUAUCAUCUCUAUUAGAUUACAUAAAUUAAGCAGUUCCAGGUGUAUCNUAAAGUAUUACAAUUUAAUUAAUAUAAUCUAGUUUUUAAAAUUGUUUGUUUUUCUACAAUUUAUUAAAUAAAAUAGUGAAAAAGCUAUUAAAGCCAUAGUUUUACCUUCAUCUAAGCGUUUUUUUUCGAAACAAAAGAGUCCCAAAAAACCAAAAAUCCUCUAAAUACCUUGUUUAAAUUCAAGUAUUAGAAGUAGUAGAGAUGUGAGUAUUAUUUUUUAUUUUAGAGUUCAGAAAAACCUAAAAUAAAAUUUCCACAAAUUAUUCAUUCAAAGAAUAGUCCAAAAGGUGAAGCAAGUCCUUCAAAAUUUACUUUUUAUUAUAAAACCAUUAAUCCAACUUAAACAACCAUAGAGUUUGAAAAAUCUAAUGUUAGAUUUAAAUGA